AUGGCUGAUGUUCUUGGGAUUGAGACUGGGGACGAGGAAGUGAUCUAUGUCAUGCAAAGGGCAGCCGGUGGAGGCACCCUGCUCGGUGGUAGCUACCAAAAAGGCAAUUGGGAGUCACAAUUAGAUCCCAAUUUAGCGAUUCGCAUCAUGAAGCGUGCGAUCGAGGUGUGUCCUUCUCUUACCAAAGGUAAAGGCAUUGAGGCCCUGGAUAUCGUACGGCAAGGCGUUGGCUUGAGGCCCGUGAGGACUCUGGGCGCACGACUGGAGAAGGAGAGAAUGAACGGAUAUUGGAUUGUGCACAACUAUGGCCACGGAGGUUGGGGCUAUCAGGCAAGCUACGGAUGCGCGAUGCAUACGCUCAAGCUGGUUGAGGAGGCGUUAGCUACGAGAGCCAGGUUGUGA